UCAGUUAGUCCACAAAACAACGUUUUCGGGUUCAUUGAAGCACAUAACGAACACAUGAGUCUGUGACGUUUGCCAGAUUCCAAGAAGGCAAAGAAACGUGUUUAUAUAUACGUUUGAGACACAGUAAGCCACUGUCAACAAAGAGUGGCUAAAGUUAGCGCUUUUGAGUACGUAAACAUCCACCGUAUCAAACGUUCUAUUUAGAUUAGGUUAGGUUAAGGGUACUUCAAAGCGACUCGAAAACUAUUCCAUCUGGUAUCGAAUAAAAGUUGACGUUUUCGUAUUACGAGUUGCUGAUCAAAAAUACCCCACGGCACUUAAAGGCAGCACAAGCAUUAAGAAGAAAAGCGACUUUAUUUGCACUUUUCCGCCAAGUUUUGCUUCGCAGCCUUUGCUUUAUUUUAACUUCUCGACGCUUUCACGAUGCACCGCGUUGCUGUUUCUCUGAAUUAUUGAUCACCGGAGACCGGAGCAGACGCCAAGGGAGACCCGCGGACUGCGUGGCAGCUCAUGACCGAGAGAGAGGUUCCCUCGUCCCGCCUGACAAACCGCCGCCGCCGUCCCGUGAGGUUCCACCGGACAACCGAGUAUCGUCCCAUCGUCAGACCGCCUUUCAUGGACAUUCAGUGAGCCUCGACAGACUGCUCCAGUCUGCAUGGGACGGUGAUCCUCCGCGCGGGCUCCCCGGGAGUCAACGAGUGUUUUCGAGGGGGGUUUUGAAGGCAGCGCCGAUCCUGAUUGGCCAACGUGGCCAUCAUUCAUCGUCGCUGCGCCCUCCCGCGUGGUUGACGUUUCGUGCCAAAGCUGGCAGGCCAGCGCGAGACGCAAACGAAAGACAACAAAAGCUCGUGUGGGAGCCCCCCACUAAAUGCAAGCCGUCGGUGUUUUAACAAUUCUCCUCUAACCCGACACACUUCCACACAUGGACCGGAAUCGAACACGAUGACUUUUACGAGGAGAUUGUGACGAAAACAAGGAGCUUGGUUUGCGUUCGUGUGUCUUUCCGUGCUCGAGCAGGCUGUCGUCCCACUCAACUAACAUUCAGGCGCUAUUUCCUGGCACGGCGUCGGCGUGGAGCUGCCACGCGCCCGAGCCCACCGGCACCACGACGGCCCUGGCUUGCAUCCUCCGGUGUCUCUUCUGCCAGCAAGUCCAGCGGAGCUGCAACCCGACCGGACCGGACGCCGGCGAGGAGCUACGGCCCUCGGACAUGGUCAAGAUGACCAAGUCCAAGACUUUCCAGGCCUACCUGCCCAGCUGCCAUCGCACCUACAGCUGCAUCCACUGCAGAGCGCACCUGGCCAACCACGACGAGCUCAUCUCCAAGUCAUUUCAGGGCAGCCAAGGAAGAGCGUAUCUCUUCAACUCCGUGGUGAACGUGGGCUGCGGUCCGGCCGAGGAGCGGGUUCUCCUCACGGGUCUUCACGCCGUGGCCGACAUCUACUGUGAAAACUGCAAAACGACCCUGGGCUGGAAAUAUGAGCACGCCUUUGAGAGCAGUCAGAAGUACAAAGAGGGAAAGUUCAUCAUCGAGCUGGCUCACAUGAUCAAAGACAACGGAUGGGAGUGACUCUCGCGCUCUUGGACGCUCGCUAGUUAAACUGCAACCACAAACUUGCACGCCCUGGACCCAGAGAUGCCCCCAACCAACCUGCCCCUUUUCAUGGUCUUGUGACAUCGCACCGCGGGAGGCAAACCUACUUUAAAGCCACCCAACGCGUCAUCGUGAUCACCGCUCGCCGGACAAUGAAGGACCACUUUUACCUUAGCCGCUAGGCUUUUAGCAUCCAAUUGCAGUUUUGUUUUUGAUUUUCACGUGACACGUUGUUGGCGUCGACACGGUUUUGA